GCAUCAUCCUUUUUAGCAGGUACCCACCGACUCCUCAUUGGCAGUCCUUCACCAGCUAGCCACUAUAAUCCAGUAUACACCUACUUUGCUUGGUCACUCAUGCAUAAUGACGACCUUGGUUCUCAAUUCCAUUGAAUCCUCGACCACCACAUCCGCCGCCUAUUUUGAGCCUGACGAAAAAUGGAAGAGUGGCCUCAAAGUCGAUAUCGAGAACAACUUGCGCUCCAUGGUCACCGAGGCCAAGCAGAAUCUCAACGAUACAUCGACGAAAGCCCCAGUCAGUACUUUCGAGCGCGAGCGAUUGACCGAGGUUGCCCCAAUAAAGAGCAUCCGUAAUGUUGCCGAGGAGCAGUUCCGUAUUCCACUAGAAUGUGAGAUCAAGGUCAAAACUGCUCAGUCUUCUUCUUCCUUGCAGUCUUCUGCGAAUACUUCAGAGCCACGUACUUUUGGUCCCACACCCGAACAUGCUACCUGGCCUCCGCAAGAGCUCUCAGAGGUUAAGCACGAUCUCUCUCGUUUAGCCAGCCGAGAGCGUGAACAUGUACCUCGCGAUACCAACAAGGGUCGUGCAAGCAUCGCAAUGGGAUCAUCCACGUCGGAUAUGGCAGACAGAGGUUUUGAGCGCCCAAAGCAUUCGCCCUCCAUCGAUAAACUAGAUGACGCGCCCAGGUUCGCGCGUUCAGCUAUGGAUGCUCAUGAGAGGGGACUCUUUUGGCCAGCGAGUCAUUCCAGCAGACCUGUCCUCCCAGAGUCCUGGCUCCCGUCAACGCCUGAAGAAGAUACCCCGAUGUCUCAUACCUUCACCAAUAUUGCGCGAAGGGGGAGUGCGGCGAGCGCUAGCUCUUUUUGGGCACCAUCAGUGCUCAACAUCCCGUCUUCUACCGACCCGCAUGAUGUGACUACUGAUACGAAGGAGAGGGGGAGAGAUCGUAUUUCGGCCAUGGAACAAGAGUGGAGUGCCAUUUAUAGAGCUCGGGAUAGACGGCGAACCGCGUCGUACACCCAUACUGAAGCCCAAACCAGCUCCUCUACCUUUGAGCGGCUGGACGAGCGUAACCCACCACCACCUUUAUCCUAUUCAGUGGCACCUAGCCCGUACACCGCAGUCCCCGCCGCCAGAUACUCUUGCUCCUCGGGCAGCCUGAGCUCUACAGUCCCCACGGGUUACUCUAACUCUUCAGACAGCCCAAGUUCUACGGUCCCCACCGGAUAUUCUUACUCCCUCCCGUCCUCGCAGGUACCCCUACCGUCUGCCAGCAGACCUAUCGCCAUCAAGAAAUUGUUCUCAUUGGACGAUGACAGCUUUCAAUCCAGCCCGAGUCCCAAAGACUGGGAUGUUCCAUCACGCUCGCCGUACGAACCCUACCAUGAGUUCCCGGAUUCUCCACAGACGCCGGAUGAACUCCCGCGGAGCUGGCCGUCAUCCAGCUUCCGUACUCGACUCUCCUCGCAAGACAUGCGCUACGGGCUCUAUCACACUCAGCAUGUCCAUAUGUAUGAUGGUGUCCAUGACGAUUUUGACUGGUGUGAGUAUGAUGAGCGCAGUAUUCGCCAGAGAGAAGAGAGCUUCCGGAGGAGAGAGGAAGAAAUUUCUUUGCGGGAGCAAGAAUUAAAGAGGAGAGAGGAUGUUAUACGGGAGGAGGAGGUUAAGCAGAAAGAGCGCGAGGAGAAGGAAGCCAAACGCGUGGAUGAUGAAAUCAUGUGCAAAGAGCUCGAUAUCAUAAACCAGGAGGAGGGGGCAAAAACGAGGGAGGCGGGAACCGAACAUGAAGGAGCAGGAACCAAGUUGAAGGAGAAGCAUACGAAGACUGAAGGGAAGAAAGCCGAGAUGAAGGAGGUACAGGACAAGAGAAGGGUGGAAGACCUCAGGCAACGUGAAGAGCCAGCAGCGAGGCGUUUAGUCGAGGAAGAUAUUCGUAUGACACGAGACGUUUUGCGAAAGUCAGAGGAGGCGAAACGCAAGGAAGAUGAAGUUAGACUCAAAGAAGAGGCAUCGCGCGCCACAGAGGAAAAGAUCCGGAGGAAAGAGGAAGAACUUGCGCAACGAGAGGGAGCACUACUUCGUAGGGAGGCAGAGGCGAGCAGUCGACAUCACCAGCAGAAGGUCCAACAGGAAGAACUUCGGAAGCGCGCAGAGACAAGGCGCCAAAGUGUGGAGGAAAAGACGAAGCAGGGCUGGAAGUUCUGGGGUCAUAAUCCACCUGACCCUAAUCGAACAACACCACCUCCCGGGAUGUCUACUUCUCGAUCAUUUUCGUCUUCUACAGGACCUGGGCCACCAAACCGCAACGAGCGCGUGUUAGCAGCAAGUUCGCCUACUAACAGGGACCGUUCCACGUCAAUAGGCACUAGCCAUAGCAGCACAACCAGGAUAUCCUUGACUCGGUUGAGCUCGACCGCGAACUCACAGCGAUCGAGUACACCUAAGACGCAAAUGCCGUCAGCCCAGAAGAACUCACCUCGCCAGAUGCCCACUUCUCGAUCAUCAUCUUCUAUGGGACCUUGCCCAACCCCCAACAGUAAUGAGCUUCACAUGUCUGCAGCAAAUUUACCUACAGACAGGGGCCGCACAAGCACCAGUCGUAGAGCCGCAACCUGGACGUCCUCGACUCGGCUAAGCUGGACCGAAAGCUUACGCCCGCCAAGCACACCUAAGCCACAAACACCAUCAGCCCACAAGAAUACACCCCGCCAGAUGUCUACUUCUCGAUCUCCCUCGUCUUCUGCAAGACCUUGGCCCAUCCCCAACCGUAACGAGCUCCACAUGCCUGCAGCAAACUCACAUAGGGGCCACCCCAAAUCAACCAACACCAGCCGUAGCAACACACCCUGGACGUCCUCGACUCGGCUGAGCUCGCUCCCAAGCGCACAGUCAUCGAGCAUACCUAAGCCGCAAAAGUUAUCAGCCCAGAAGAGCGCGCCUCCUCGGAUAUCUUCUUCUCGUUCUGUUUCGUCUUCUACAACAAAACCUUGGCCAAUCCCCAGCCGUAACGACCUUCAUAUGCCUGCAACAAGUUCGCCUACGUAUAAUAGCCGCUCCAAAUCGACGAGCACUAGUCCCAGCACAACCUGGUCAUACUCAACUCGGCCGAUCCUGACCUCGCAGCCCUCCAGUACACCCAAGUCACAAACGCCACCAUCCCAGCAGAAUAACAAAGUAGCACCAGGCGCCAUACUCCUGAAUGUAUGGAUGUGCAUUAUUGACAUAUACCCCUGACUCACGCAGCUAUCCAGACUUCCACUAUACCUUUAUCGGAAACAACGGCAACAGAGGAAGAAGCCAGCCAAGAGCUACCCGGUUCUGCGUCAGAUUUUCUGGAAGAUCUUACCAAUGACCUACAGGGAAGAUCGCAGUAUCCGACCAAUUUCGGGGGCUUUGGGGACAUCUGGAAGUGUGAUUUAGUGAAAGCCGGUGAGAUCGUCCAGGUUGCAGCGAAGACAAUUCGUGCUUUCGAGUCGGAUAACGAGGAAUUGAUGCGGAAGAAUGCGAAGGUAAUGUCCCUCUUCCAUGCAUGUUAAUCUUUCCAAUGAUGACAC